AUGGUUUUGCCCAUUCCCAACUACAGGCAAACCAAGGCAUUAGACUGGAGCCAUCAUUCUGACAACAAGUUCAAGGCAGAUGCUCAUAAACCCUACCAUUUCCCCCAGAUCUCAUCUGUCAACAAGCAUGAAAUGGAGAACUAUAACUAUUGGGUUCAUAAAGACUUCCAGCACUUCCUGGCUCUGCUGUUUGCUGUGGAGGAGAUCAAUAAGGAUCCCAGCCUUUUACCCAAUGUGUCUCUGGGCUUCCAUAUCCAUGAAAUCUACCACCAUGCCAAUAGAGCCAUGGAGGGUGCCUUGAUGAGGCUGUCGGGAGUAGAACAGACUGUCCCUAACUACAGCUGUGGGAGACAGGAAAAGUCUAUGGCUGUCAUCGGAGGAGCCACAUCUGCCCUGUCCAUCGCCAUGGCAACAAUCCUGGGACUCUACCGGCUCCCGCAGAUCACCUAUGGCCCAUUUGAUCCAGUACUGAGCGACAAGAUCCGAUUUCCAUCUCUCUAUCAGGUGGCCCCCAGGAUUUCCUCUCUGCCCCGGAUGAUGGUCCAGUUAAUGGUGCAUUUUGGCUGGACCUGGGUGGGGCUGGUGGUGUCAGAUGAUAUGAGAGGAGAGAGUUUCCUUUUAAACGUGACAGGGGAGAUGGUCAGGAAUGGUGUCUGUGCAGCCUUUACCGAGAAGAUCCCCAGUGGCAGGUUCAACACUUAUAAAAUUCUGAAUUUCUAUGCCAGGAUCAUGGCUUCAUCAACCAAUGUGAUAGCUGCCUAUGGGGAUGCAGAGUUCCUAAACCUUCUUAGAGCUGUGAUAGAGUGGUUUGGACUGUCCAAGAUGGUUUUGAUCACCACCUAUCACUGGGAUUUUACUUUGAGCAUGAUGCAUGAACCAAAUAAUAAUCAUUUUCAUGGGACUUUGACUAUGGCAAACUUUGCUAAAGAAGUCCCCGGUUUCAGGGAUUUUUUACGGACCAUUAGACCAGCAAAAUAUCCAGACAACAUUAUUCUGAAGAAAUUCUGGGAGUCUGCCUUUGACUGUGCUCUUUCGUUUUCUGAAAUCUUUGGAAGAAAAUGCUCAGAAAAUGCUUCCUUGGAGAUGCUACCUAUGCACUAUUUUUCCCUAAUGAUGUCUGCCCCGAGUUACAGUGUUUACAAUGCUGUGUAUGCUGUGGCACAUGGUUUCCAGGAGUUGCUCCUGUCCAGAUCAGAUGUGAAGUCUUGGGGAAACAAGAAUCGUCUGUUCCAUGAGUUUCUGAGAAAUGUCCAGUUUGACAACCCUGCCGGACAACUGGUGAUUCUGGAUGAGAACAGCAGAUCUUCUGCAAAAUUUGACGUUUUGAACUUUGUGAUCUUUCCCAAUGGAACUGGUGAAUUUGUGAAAGUUGGGGAGGUGGACCCCCAGGCAACUCCCAACCAAUAUGUCAGCAUCAAUGAGGCAAUGAUCGUGUGGCCUGGGGAAGCCUCUCAGCAAGGCAUGGGUUUUAGAGGUUUUAGGGGGGAAGAAACCUCGCAGCAGUCAGCAAGGGUGAGAGGAGGAAGGGAUGCCUGGAUAUCAUUCUUGACCCAGGCUCCACAGUCACGGUGCAGCAGGAGCUGUGGACCCGGCUUCAGAAAACGUGCCCAGCAGGGGGAGGCCUUCUGCUGCUAUUUUUGUGUCCAGUGCUCGGAGGGGGAGAUUUCCAAUGAGACAGAUGCGGAACAGUGUGUGAAGUGUCCCGAAGAUCAAUAUCCAAACAUUGCGAGAGAUGGCUGUCUCCACAAAGUGGUGACUUUCCUGUCCCCCAAAGAACCUCUGGGGCUGAUCCUGGUCUGCACGUCUCUCUCCUUCUGUCUUCUCACAGCCCUGAUUUUAGGGGUCUUCAUUAAGUACCGAGACACCCCCAUAGUCCGAGCCAAUAACCGCAAUCUCAGCUACACCCUCCUCAUAUCCCUCAAGCUCUGUUUCCUCUGCGCCCUGAUCUUCAUCGGCCAACCCACCCCAGCCUCCUGCCUCCUCCGACAAACAUCUUUUGGUGUUGUGUUCACCGUGGCCAUCUCCUCUAUCUUGGCCAAAACUGUCACUGUGGUUCUGGCCUUCAGGGCCACAAGCUUGGGGAGCAACAUCAGAGGGUGGGUGGGGACCAGAACCUCGACUUCAAUAGUCCUGUCCUGCUCCCUGGUCCAGGUGCUCAUCUGUGUGAUCUGGCUGGGCACCGCUCCCCCAUUCCCAGAGAUGAACACACGCUCUGAGCCUGGACUUAUUAUCAUCGAGUGUAAUGAGGGCUCUGUGACUGCCUUCUACUGUGUCCUGGGCUAUCUGGGCUCUCUAGCCCUGGUGAGCUUCACUGUGGCUUUUCUGGUCAGGAAGCUGCCUGACAGCUUCAACGAGGCCAAGUUUAUCACGUUUGGCAUGCUGGUGUUCUGCAGCGUCUGGGCUUCCUUCCUCCCCGCAUACCAGAGCACCAAGGGAAAGGCCACGGUGGCCGCGGAGAUCUUCUCCAUCCUGACCUCCAGUGCCGGGGUUCUUAGCUGCAUCUUCAUCCCCAAGUGCUACGUGAUCCUGGUGCAACCUGACAGGAACACCCGGGAGUGUUUGAAGAGGAAAUGAACAUUGGGACACUA